AUGGGCAGGGCGGCCUCCAGCAAGGGCGCUGGCCGCGACGGCAGGGCAGGGAGCUCCCAUGGCGGCAGGGGGCGCGGCGGCCGCGGCCGCGCGGCGGCGCCGCCGACCCCGCCGCCGAAGCCGCAGCCCCCCGCCCGCAGGGCCCGCGGGCCGACGCCGUCGGCGCCGCGGCUGACGAAGCAGGCGCUCGCGACGCACGAGGCGGACGGCAGCGGGCAGCAGCAGCGGGAGCGGCGCUCGGGGAGUUGCUACUUGGACAAGGUUUGCAAGAAGUCGCACACCUGCCCGUCCUGCACGAAGAUGGUCCGCGUCGGGGAUCUGCAGUACAGGGAGACGUUGAAGCACAAGGAGUGCGGCAAGAGGGACAGGGCGUUCGCGUGGAACAUGGCGCAGAAGAGCGAGGUGAACGGCCUGUGGGACAACCUCAUGCACGAGGAUCCAGAGAAGGCCCAGAAGCUCAAGAUGGAGUACACCAUGACAGGCAACUUCCGUGAGUUCGAGUCGUGCGUCCGCACGCUCGUCAGGGAGAUCGAGUACAGCGCGGAGGGCAAGGACCUCGAGCUGAACCACGACUGGUUCAUCAGGGCCCUCUGCAGCGCUGGUGUGAGCCGCGACGAUGCCGAGGACUGCUGGGAGCACAAGGCUCUGGCGGGCGCGUGGUAAUCAGAAACCGAUUGGCCCCGAGAGGGUUGCAAGGGGCUCUAGGGUGCUCGAGCGGGGCCGCAAGGGCACCAAGAGGGCCCAAUGGGGUCCCCGAGAGGGUUUCAGGAUAGCCCCAGACAGGUUCCACAUAGGAAGGUGCCCGGAGGGCCCAAAUAAUGACCAAGGGGGCCCCGAUGGGAUCUCCAGGAGGGCCCCAAGUCGGCCCCAAUAGGCACAGGGCCCAUAGGGCCCCCGCGGUCGCAUCU